UUUCUUUACCAACCCACACCAGCAACUAUCACACACUCACGCACAUGCAUUCAUGACCAGAAUCUCGAGACACCGACCGUUAAGUGGACCGGUGGCGACUGUUAACAAUUAUUCGAGUUUCAAAUCUCACUGUCAAGAGAAAAGAACCCCAAUAAUUGGUUCUUGUUAUUGCGAUUAAAUGGGUUGUCUGAUAUCUCAGCUGGCGGCCAAAUUCGCUUUCUUCCCGCCGUCGCCGGCGACUUAUCAGGUGAAGAAGAGGGACGACGGCAAGCUGGUGGCCGUCUCGACGGCGUCGUCUCUGCCGAUAGCCGUUGACGACUCUUCCUUGGACGUGUUGUCCAUCCCGACCAAAAGGGGCAACAAGAUUGUAGCUUUUUACCUGAGGAACCCGUACGCUAGGCUUACCGUGUUGUACUCUCAUGGCAAUGCGGCUGAUCUGGGCCAGCUCUAUGAUCUCUUUGUUCAGCUCAAAGCCAAUCUCAGAGUUAAUCUUAUUGGAUACGAUUAUUCCGGUUAUGGAGCUUCUACUGGCAAGCCAAGCGAAUAUGACACAUAUGCUGAUAUAGAGGCUGUCUAUGAAUGCCUUCAAACCGAGUAUGGGAUCAGCCAAGAAGAUCUAAUUUUAUACGGACAAUCGGUUGGAAGUGGGCCCACAUUGCAUUUAGCAGCUCAGUUACCGAGGUUGAGAGGUGUAGUUCUGCAUAGUGCUAUACUCUCUGGCCUUCGCGUGCUUUGCCAUGUGAAGUUCACUCUGUGUUGUGAUAUAUAUAAGGUUAGCUCCAUAUUUAUGUACUCCUGA